AUGUUAUCUAUAAAUCGGUCAGCAAUACUUGGGUCCAUCCCGGGCACCAAUCAACUGCGGGCCUCCCGAAACGAUGACAGGAUUGACCGCCUUAACCACGUGUACACUACCGUCCUCCUGGUUGUGUUUGCCGUCGUCGGCAGCACCACCCAGUUUGCGGGUCACCCAAUCCACUGUUGGCAUCCUCCGGAGUUCGAAGAGAUGGAAUGGUACGAAAGCUACAUCGACAACUAUUGCUGUAGAACGUUCCUUUGUGGAUUUCAGACUUACCAGCCGUGGAAACAGAGCCCAAGGUUUCCCCUGGUCACGUUUUGUGAUUUUGAAAUCCGACAACUACAGAACAUUCAACGCUGGACAUUGCAGUGCGUUCUUCCCAUUAACCUUUUCAAUGAGAAGGUGUUCAUCUUUCUGUGGUUCUUGCUGUUCCUGAUGGUCAUAUUGUCCAUCUACAACCUCGUCAGCUGGUGUUACAUCGUCAUGCUGAAGAGGCACCGCUACCAGUACGUGAAAAAGUACCUGACGAUAACAAACCGAAUACAGGGCGACUUUGACGACAAGUUGUGA